AUGUCCUUAUCCUCGUUUACAGCCGAAGCAUGGACCGAAUACGCACUGGGACUAUGUAUCCUCGUUGCGCGAAUACUUUGCCGCGUCAACGUUGUGGGAAGGAGGUGGGACGGAGAUGACUACUUUGCCGUCCUGGCCGCCAUUCUCUGGACAGCCGAGUUGUGCACCUUGCAGUUGAUAGAAAUGCACGGCUCCCUCAAAGAUGUGAAGCAUCGGGUGGUCCUCAAACUCAGCGAGGAAGAGAAGAGCAGCAUCGUAUUCGGAGCCAAGUGCGCCGUGGCAACCUGGUGCAUCUACGUCUCUCUGAUCUGGACACUGAAAGCAUGCAUGCUCUUUCUCUACGGAAGGCUAACCCUUGACCUGAAGCAGCGGCAACUGGUCAAGACGACCGCUGUAGUCUGCGCCGCGGCAUAUGUUGCGACCAUCGCCGUCGUCUGGUUGCAUUGCACGCCGAUACGCAAGAAGUGGCAGAUUCAUCCGUAUCCCGGCGAUGCUUGCGCCAAGGGCACGCCGGUGCACUAUACGCUGGUCGUGACGAACGUCAGCACCGACUUGAUGAUAAUGGCUAUUCCGUUACCGCUACUUUGGAAGGUUCAAAUGCCGCGGCUGAGGAAGCUGCUCUGCGGCGUUUGGCUCUGCACGGGAGGUUUCAUAAUGCUGGCUGCCAUCGUCCGCUUCAUUCUCUGCAUCAAACACGCGACCAGCACCGACCUCACGACCGUCUGGUCCCUCCGGGAGACUUUUGUCGGCCUCAUUGCCGCCAAUAUCCCCAUUCUAGGGCCUUGGAUGGUUCGCGCCGCCCGCCAUCUACCUGUUGCGAGGUCUCGCGAUGGAUCAAAGGGCAGCGAUGCCAGAGGCGCCUUGGGCCCUCCGCCGGGCGGACACAAGCUCUCUCGACUGGAGAGACAGGCCAAGGAGAAUAGGAUCAGGAGGGGCCUGGGCUGGGCGACGAUUGACACCGGGAGCCGUGAACCUAUUGUCAAGGCGGAAGCCGAGUCACACUUGCGGAGUCCGCUGGGGUCCGGCUUGAGCGGGAGCACAGCGAAUGGGACUGCAUCUUCUGAGCAUUGCACUCUGGAGAUGCCGAAGCUUGAGGUUCCGUCCUGCGACGGAUCUUGUGUGAACGACAUGGAGUGCGGCGAAUGA